CAAAGAGUCUCUCUUUUCCUUGAGCAAACGCCAUAUUGUAUUGUGUGUAUUGUCUAAUUUCAAAAAGCUUCUGGCUCCGCUUGUAAUUUCACCGCCCUGAUAAACGACCCCUAUUCGCGAGACAAUUUACAUUAGCUUGGUUCUCGAUUCCGCGCUGGUCCGUGAUCAAUCGAUCCUCUAUCCCUCAUACGAUCUCGUGCUCUGGGGGCGACGUGCUUGAGAUUGACUGUCGCUUGAAUUUCCGUCCUCCUCGUGUCCAUCCGUGGCUUCCCGUACUCCUGACCGAACUAUACUGGUGGAUUUACAUCUUUGAGCACCAUCCGAUUUCUUUGGCCCUGACGAGUCAUAUUUCUUCAUAUACUGCCUCACUUGCAUGUCUACCUCGUCGCCGUUGUUGUUUCCCGGCCGCUUAUUUUACGAACUCCAAGAAACGCGAGGCAAUAGAGAUCCCCAAGUCGCCCGCCAUGUCGUCAUCCAUGCACCUUUCCAAAAUGCGGAAAUGGUUCGCCUCGUCUCCGCCGGUGGAAUGGGGGAUUGGGCACAUCAGAGAGCUUCUGAUCGGGGCGCUGAAGCAGGGACCCAUCCCGCAACACGUGGCGUUUGUGAUGGAUGGAAAUAGACGGUUUGCGAGAAACCAUGCUAUAGAGAGAGUGGAGGGACAUAAUUUGGGGUUUGAGGCCCUGGCAAAGAUACUGGAAGUCUGUUACAAGGCCGGCGUCAAGGUGGUCACGAUAUACGCAUUUAGCAUCGAGAAUUUCAAGCGGUCGAAAUUCGAGGUUGAUGCCCUGAUGGAGAUGGCGAAGGUGAAGCUAUCUCAGUUAUCCCAGCAUGGUGACCUGCUCGAUAGAUAUGGUGCCAGCGUGAGAGUGUUGGGGAGAAGGGAGUUGGUGAAGGCGGAUGUGCUGGAAGCGAUCGAUCGGGCCGUCGAGCUUACGAGUAGGAACGGGGAUGCGAUCCUUAAUAUCUGUUUCCCCUACACGUCUAGGGACGAAAUUACAUCUGCCAUACGAAAUACCGUGAUCGAUUAUAGUACCCCACUUGAUCGGACCUCGUCGAAUGGGAUCAAACGGCAAUUUUCGAAAUCACGAAUCGUUCAGACCAUCCGAGAACAAGCACCAAGUGCGGAGCCAAACCCUAAGGAGGUCGAACUCGUGUCCGAGGAGGACCGCUCCACUAUUGAACCUCCAUCUUCGUUUUCUUCUACGACAACUCUGCAACAGUCCCAGAUGGCAAGCAAGCUGGCCACAGUAUCUGGGCCCUAUACGUCAUAUCCUCCGAACAGCGACCAGCUGAUAUUCCUCUCCCCCGAAACGAUUUCUACUCAAACCCUUGACGACCACAUGCUCACUGCGGAUAGCCCACCCCUGGACCUCUUAAUCCGUACAUCGGGCGUGGAACGAUUAAGCGACUUCAUGCUCUGGCAAUGCCAUGAAGAUACCGACAUUAUCUUCUUAGACACCCUCUGGCCAUCGUUUGGGCUGUGGGACUUCUUGCCAGUUCUUUGGGAAUGGCAAUGGCGAGUCCGAAAGCAAGGACGAAGACGACAUGCCCAUAGUGCCCGUGGGUCGGCAUUACGUGACACGCAACUGUCCAGCAGCAUGUCCAAUGAGUGGUCUUCUGACGACGAGCAUAUGGCGAAAAAGAUGAAGAGUCUGUAG